AAUCCUCAUUUGAAGGUAUUUUGACAAAGAUUUUAGAAGGUGCAUAUCCUGCAAAAAACAUGACAUCCAAUUAUAUUGCAAUGCCACUAAAAGAAAGGAACACUACACAAGCCCUAAAAGUGAUUAAUGAUAAUAUAAAGAAAGCAAUAAACCACAUUUCAUCAAAAACUGAUUAUAACUUUCUUGUUUGCAGUGGUGCAUCAGGGAUAGGAAAAACGAGAUGGGGAAGAGAAUUGUUUAAUUCUCUUGAAAAAGAUUGCCAACUUCCAAAACAACUUGCUAUUGAUAAUAUCAAACCAUAUUAUUUAUAUUUAUUUUUAGAUUUUAUUAAGGAUACUAGAUUAGCUGAGGAUGACCAAAACUUACCCUCAUCAGUAAUUCUUGGUCUUCAGAUUGCUUACAUUUACUUCGUUUACAAUAAGUAUUCCAUGACAUUUCCUACCUUCCUACAUCUUACCAAACAUCAUUCAGAUAAAUUUAAGAUUGACUUAGUAUUUAAUGCAAUUUGUGGUAAUCUUAGACUCAAAGAAAAUGAACAACUCAUUGUGCUGCUUCAUAUUGAUGAAUGUCAAGAGAUUUUUAAUUUUGAAAACUUCUGGAAUGGACUUUAUAGCAGUGUAAAAGGACUUUUUAAAACAAUGAUGCAUGACCUAGGAUCUUUAAUGGCUGGAAUUCAUUCUGGAUAUUUCGUGCAAACAUUCUUGUCAGGGACAGCUUUACAAGAUAUCACAAAAAACAAAAAACCAACUGAUUAUUCAUUUAGUUUUGUUGAUUGUCCACUAUUAACUAUGAAAGCAAUUCUUGAAAUUACUGAACAUUUUGCUAGGAAAUAUG